AUGCUACGCCAUACUGUAGUAAAACAUCAGAUUGUUAAGAGUCGGGGUCUCUCUGCGUGUCGCCGAGUUAUACUCGGUCGCCGGCGUAAAGCUCAGCGUGACCGGUUUCUUCGAUCUCUAAUUGACAGUCGUGACGAAUCGGCGACCGGAAGCUUCCCCCAGGAAUGUCUCAAAAUAUGGCGUCUAUUAUAUAAAUCAGAAUUCAGGGAUCAAUUCUCUACGCUUAAACCUGAAUAUGAUAAGAUUUAUAUCAUCACAGAGCAAGUUCAAGUUAUUUUGCAGCAUCUCAACGCAAGAGAUGAGCGGUUUUCUUUUAUAUACUCCGCACUCGAAGAGUUUGUGAAUGGGAACGACGGCAUCAAAAAGGCUUGUGCCGGACUGGACCGCAUUAUAUACACAGACCCGAAUGAGCUCGAAGAUGAUGUCGCGAUGGAAAAGUUAUCUGAAUUUCUAACUGAAGCGACAUCGAUCCCAAAGAGGGAUCCGGCAGACUCCUUAAACAGUAAAAAAGCCCUCGAUGAAAUUAUCGCGUCAACAAUAUACGAAAUACUCAACGUAUUUCAGGAUAUCACAGUUGAGCAGCCACCAAUCGGUCCCGACUUAUCCACGCGCUUCGAACUCUUGUGCGAUUUAUACACGCGGGCCGAACACGCAAAGCCGCGCCCUACCGUACAGGUGGCACCCAAGUCCCAGCAGGAUAGCGUCAAUGGGGCCGAUUGCCAGUACUCGGCGCGCCUCAACUCCAUAGCCGGUGAGGUCCGAGUCCUCAAAAUCCUCCCUAGUAAUCUUUCUAAAGAUAAACGCAUUCAAUGCCGCCUAUUGGUAUACAAUCUAUAUCGUGAUGGUAUCCCAGAGGCUCUAUCGUAUGUUUGGGGCAAGGAUUGGUCUAAGGAGGAGAUUCUAGUCGACGGGAAACUCUUUAGGGUCACGAAGAAUCUUUACAGAAUCCUGCACGGUUUGCGCCGUCCGAAUACCACUAGAGAAAUAUGGAUCGAUGCAAUCUGUAUCAAUCAAUCGGAUUCCAAGGAGAAGGCAGAACAGGUUCGGCUUAUGAGAGAUAUCUACUCUAAAGCAAAGAAUACGGUAAUCUGGCUAAGCGGCGGCCAGACGACAGAUGGCGAACGCGGUUCGACAAGGAAUCGUCCAGAAAAGUGGGAAAACCAAAGAGAAGAUCCGUCCUUCGAUAUUGAGAGAUGGUACCCUCCCUUCCCACCAGGGCUUGGCAGGAUUGACAUCAAUCAAUACGAUCUUACCGCAAUUCUUAGAGAGUGCCUAAAGUACUCUGUAAAUGAUCCAUGGAAUGAAGAACAAUGGGUCCUCUACCUAAUGCUCGGUCGCUGUGUGAGCUUAAUCCAGAUGCACUCGUGGUGGGAAAGAGUGUGGACAAUUCAAGAAGCCGCAUGUCCGCCAAAUGCGCCGAUAUUCUUCUUUCAGGGCUACUCUUUCUCAUUCGAAGAUUUUACAGCCGCGAUGAAUAUUAUAGUCAAGGGAUCGAAUAAGAACGAACACAUUGCUAACCAAAUGGACAACUGGCGUAACAUUAUAAAAAAUCCUGACGUACGGCAGACUAUCGAUACGAUAAUCGGUACAGGCCUAAUACUUCACAGACCGUCUCUAUUUGAUUAUCGGCGCGGCUCCGAAGAAGAACGCCAUUCUGCAGUGAAAUCAUUUCCAGUCUUAUUGAAAAUGGCGGAAACAUAUCGAGCCACAAACCCGAGAGAUAAGAUUUUCGCACUACAGUCCCUCCUGCCUCGCUGUCUGGGACUCCUUAUAAACGUGGACUACCAGGAAUCCUGCCAAGCCGUAUUUAAAAGGGCCACAGCUCGAUACUAUAAUGCAUGCCCGUCGUUCGUUCUAAUGGAGACGUAUAGGUUUUGGUUUGAAUCACCGUUGAGUGCUAAAGAACCAGUUGGCCCCUCUUGGAUUCUCGAUCUCACGUACACCGGCGCCUGCAAUCAUGGUAGCAAAUUAGUUAAAGCGAAAGAUAAGGUGACACUCGAUGGUUUUAUCGCCGAAAAUGGCAUUCCAAUCCUUGAAAUUGAGUACGGCCAGGAGGAUAUGCGUUUCUGCACCCCGAAAGUUCUAUUUUGCCCAGGAAAAUUUAUCGAUCAGAUCUGUCUGGUUAUCGAAUUCCCGAAUUUCGGUGAUGCGAUGAGUAUUGCGCCAUCCACAGCAUUGAUGUCUCUAGUCGUUGAAGUGAUUACAGCUCGCGAUUCGAUACUUGACAUGGCAACCGAGUCCAACCAUAAUAGCGGGAUAGGAAGAUUUCUUUCUCUAUCAAACUUCUUCUUGAUGCAAGAAAAAGAGCCACCAAGGCUAGAAAACUACGAAGAAUACAUCACUAUUCGGAACGAAGAAAUUGCUGGAAAGCCAAUCUUUAUUACCCAAAGGGGGUUAGUGGGGAUUGCUACAGCGCCCGUGGAACCAGGAGAUGUCCUCACAUUGCCGCAGGACUCGCCCAUAUAUCUUCUCCUUAGAGAAGUAGGGUAUCCAGUCAAUGGCUCGGAUGACGAGCGACAACACCGGAUCGUUGCCCGUGCAGCCGUUAACGACGGAUUGGUUCAUGGCGUGAGGGACCUUGAAGCCCUGGUUGAUUUAACACCGAGUCGUCGCUUGAAAAUUGUCUGAGAGCAUGACUUCCACCCCCUACCUAAACUUUUAUCUAUUGAAACCCCCAAACCAAGAUUUUUGAUUUCUGGUAAACCUACAAUGUGGAGCGAGUAGGGGGCGCGGGAAAGUUGACACAAGGGAAGCAGAUUCCCAGUAAGGAGGACACUUAGGUUUCUAUUUCUUCUUUCUUCUUUAUAUAUGCCAAUAUUAUGCGAAGAGGGGCUUUUCUUUUGGUGUCCCACCCGCAGGACAUUUCACUUGUAUCCAGAUUAGGUAUUUACGCAAGACAGAUCAGAUGUGGCUCAA